AUGGACGUGCAUCUCUUAACGUACGACCUAUCCCGCGGGCUUGCACGGCAAAUGUCACAGGGCAUGCUCGGAUUUCACCUCGAUGCGAUAUAUCACACAUCCAUCCAACUCAACGGACGCGAGUACGUCUACGAUGGUGGCAUCGUUGACAUCACUCCGGGUACAUCUCAUCUGGGCCAGCCUAUGGAGCGUAUCUUCCUUGGAAAGACAGAACUACCCAUGGAGGUCAUUGAAGAGUUCCUAGACUCAUUAAGGCCAAUUUUUACAGCCGAGGCCUACGAUCUCUGGAGACACAACUGCAACAACUUCUCAGACUCAUUUUCUCAGUUCCUGCUUGGGAAAGGCAUCCCAGAACAUAUCAUCAAGAUGCCAGAUGCCGUACUCAGCUCUCCAAUGGGCAGGAUGCUCAUGCCUCAACUCAACCAAGUCAUAAACUCCAACAGACAAAAUGGUUCAAUCCUUGGUAUCCAGAACAACUCAACUCCUCCAGGAUACGGAUCCGCACCACAACCCACAAAACCCCAAUCAAACAUCAGGAUUGUGAGUAGCUCACAGGAGCUAGAUGCAGCCCUUGAAUCUGCGAGAAAGUCUUGCGCUGUGGUUCUCUUCACCUCCGCUACAUGCCCACCUUGCAGGGCCAUCUCACCCAUAUUUGAUGAGGUGUCCGCAGAGGCAGGUAGCAAAGCGACGUUCAUCAAAGUAGACGUGGCCCAAUUGACGCCGCUUCCCGGAAAGGACUAUCCUCGAGCAACUCCGACAUUCAUCACCUAUUUGCAUGGAGAAAAGGAGAAUGAGUGGGCAGGCGCUGAUCCUGCUGCUCUUCGGGGGAACGUCCAGCUCCUGCUACAGAUGGCUUGGCCUCGGCACCCUCAUGAGUCCCUCAAACUACCCAGCUUUUCCAACCCGAACGCAAAGCCGGUAUUGUUCUCAAAAGUACCGCCACUGGCCAAACUUCUGGGCAAGAUGGGUUCGGCAGCAGACGAGUCAGCCGUGCAGGCAACCAAGCAGUUCAUUGAGGCCCGCGAUAAGCAGGGCGCCGCGGCCGCAGUCCUCCCGAACCUAGGCGAAUUCUCGGGAUUCUUGCAAAAAUCAGUGCAGACGUUACCUGUUGAGAUUCUCUUCACCAUCGUCGACUUGUUUAGAUGUGCGCUCGUCGAUGCAAGGUUCAGCGGCUACUUUGCUGAGGAAAAGGGGCACACGACCGUUUUGGCAAUCCUUAGACUCGUCAACUCACACAGCGACUGCCCGUACGCUUUGCGUUUGGUUACACUGCAAAUGGCGUGCAACUUCUUUUCCACGCCUCUCUUCCCGGAGGAAAUACUACGAAACGAGACGUUGAGAGCACCCGUUAUCCAAUUAAUAUCUUCCAGUUUCCUAGACGACAGCCACAACAAUGUUCGUGUUUCCGCUUCGUCCCUCAUGUUCAAUUUGGCUCUUUUCAGCAACAAAGUCAGACGUGAGAAGCCUGGAGACGUGUUGCCAGACGGCGACGCGGUAGAGCUGGCUGCAUCGGUGUUAGAAGCCAUUGGACAAGAGGAGUCUUCGCCAGAGGCACUGCAGGGUAUGCUUCUUGCACUGGGUAACUUGGUCUACUGCACACCAAGUGACAGUGAGGUCUCGGAUUUGCUGAGGGCGAUGGAUGCGGAGGACACGAUUUUGGCCAAGAAGAAGCAAUUUCCAGAUGAGAAGAUCAUCGUAGAGGUGGGCUCAGAGCUUCUGGGCAAGGGGCUUAGACGGCCGUUGGGCGUUGACACCGUCAAAGAGGUGCCGAGUCUAGUGUGGCGUCACUGCCCCGGCAACUCGGCCCCACCAGCUUUCCUCCCAAUUGGGCAACCGAGUAAACAAGCCCGACCGCCUCGAGUUGGGAUGUGGGCUUCGCAACGGCAACGAUACCACGCAAUUUUUGAAGAAUUGAAGCAGACCCUUUGUGGAUUGUCUCUCGAUCAUCGACUGCUACCGCCAGCGGUUUAUGAGAUGCCGGCUCUCUACUCGUCUGCUUCAACCCCGUCUCUGCGGUCGCACGAUGGACCGGUCAGAAUGGACGGGGGAGGCAAUGUUCGUGUCGUUGUCCGAGUGCGGGCGUUUCUGCCCAGAGAAAUCGAGCGUGGUGCCGAGUGCCUAGUGGAGAUGGACCCCAUCACCCAGCAAACGACGCUUCUCGUGCCCAACGACAGCGACCCUGCGAACGCGAAAGCAAAGACGAGAAAGGUUAUCGAAGAAAAGAAUUUUACAUUCGACAAUUCUUUCUGGAGUCACGAUCUCAGCGACAAGUAUUAUGCCCACCAGGAAGACGUCUACAACAGUCUGGGCGAGGAAUUCCUUGACCACAACUUUGAGGGCUAUCACACAUGCAUCUUCGCCUACGGUCAAACAGGUUCCGGAAAGAGUUAUACGAUGAUGGGAACACCAGACCAGCCGGGCUUGAUUCCUCGAACGUGCGAGGAUCUCUUCGAGCGAAUCGAAUCUGCGCAAAACGAGACGCCCAACAUUUCCUACAACGUCAGGGUGUCAUACUUUGAGGUCUACAAUGAGCACGUCCGGGACCUGCUUGUCCCGGUUGUGGCUAACCAGCCGCCGUACUAUCUCAAAAUCAGGGAGUCGCCAACGGAAGGACCGUACGUCAAGGAUCUGACCGAGGUUCCUGUCCGCAAUCUCAAUGAGAUUUUGCGAUACAUGACGAUGGGAGACAGGUCGAGAACCGUGGCCAGCACCAGAAUGAACGACACGAGUAGUCGCAGUCACGCGGUAUUCACAAUCAUGCUCAAGCAGAUCCACCAUGAUAUGGAAACGGACGAGACGACGGAGAGAAGUUCGCGUAUCCGCCUGGUCGAUCUGGCUGGCAGCGAACGUGCCAAGGCGACCGAGGCAACAGGCCAGCGGCUUCGCGAAGGCAGCAACAUCAACAAGUCGCUGACGACCCUUGGCCGAGUGAUAGGAGCGCUCGCCGAUGCCAAGGCGGGUUCGAGAAAGCGCAGCAAAGACGUCGUGCCGUACCGAGACUCAAUUCUCACGUGGCUGUUGAAGGAUUCGCUGGGAGGCAACAGUAAAACGGCAAUGAUUGCUUGCAUCGCGCCGUCGGAUUACGAGGAGACUCUGUCGACGCUUCGCUACGCAGAUCAAGCCAAGCGCAUCCGCACGCGCGCGGUUGUCAACCAAGACCAGAUCUCGUCAGCGGAGCGCGAUGCCCAAAUCGCAGCUAUGGCGGACGAGAUCCGAGCCCUUCAGCUGUCAGUGUCGGAAUCGCGCCGGCGGGAGAAGGAUACCAAGGACCAGGAGGAAAAGCUCGAAGAGUACCAGAACCACGUGGCUACGAUGCAGCGCAUGAUGGAGGAGCGCAGUCUCGUCGCCGAGGGCAAAAUUCGUAGCCUGCAGACAGAGAACGAGGCCUUGCGGCUGCAUCUCAAGCUCGCGCUCGAGAGUCUCAAGAACCCGAUCCCGGCCGUCACGAUCAAGCCGCCGGAGGCCGAGGAAGUGGAGGACGAGGCUCAGAGGGCCAAGUCGGCGGGUCUCGAGGGCAAGGAGGAGAAUGGCGAGGACGCCGAGUCAUUGUACGACGACUCGGACGACGCGGCGUACGACUCGGACGUUAUGGAGGAUAAUGCCAGCGACAUGCAGGAGUACAUGCGCAGUCUGCUGAGCGAUCUGGGCAUGUUCCGAAGGAAGAUUGGAGACGACAAAGAACGCUGGGUCGGCGAGGCGCCAUCUGCAGGAAGCAAGAUGAACUUCUAA